AUGUACGGACAAAUUAUCCAUCUCAAUAUGCUUGGUCAAUCUGUGAUCAUUCUAUCUACCACGAAGGCUGCGCAUGAUCUGCUAGCCAAGAAAGGCAGUAUAUUUUCAGACCGCCCUCGUUUUGUAAUGGCAUCUGAACUGGCAUUGAAAGGCAUGCACAUGCUUCUUAGGCCGUAUGACGCGCGUUUCAAACUACACCAGAGAAUGGAGAGUCAAGUAUUGAACGAACGAGCAGCAGUUGUUUAUCUUCCUUUCCAGGAACUCGAGUCCAGGCAACUACUGCUUGAUCUCCUGGAGAAUGCAGGAGGUUCAGGGACUGACUGCCAUGAGUAUCUCGAACGUACUACUGCUAGUAUUAUUUAUGCCUUGUUCUACGGGUAUCGUCUGAAGUCGGCCUCAGAACCCGUGCUUCUUGCUGCACAUGCAGUCAACCACGAAUUCGAUCAGCUGGCGCAGGUCGGGAAAUAUCUGGUCGACUCGUUCCCCGUGUUGAACAAUCUCCCAAGCUUCUUAGCCCCGUGGAAAGCCGAGGCCGAGGACCAUUGGCAACGCAAUUGCGCCUUGCAUGUAGGAAACCUCCAACGCGGCCUUCGGGACAGGGCUUGGAAUUUUUGCAAGCAGAUGGGAGGGUAUCUGGAUACCCAAGCUAUUGAAAUGUCACCCGAAGAAUUAGCACUCGAUAUCGGUAUCAUGGCCGAUGCUGCGUUGGAUGCUAGCACGGGGACCUUGUAUUGGUUCCUCGUUGCGUGCGUUACGGAUGAUGGGGGCUUCAUGGCCGAAGCUCAGUUUUGCCUGGACAAAGUCGUUGGGCGAGAUAGACUGCCCACGUUUGAAGACCGGCCACGGCUGCCGUAUAUCGACGCCAUCGUGGAAGAAGUUCUUCGAUGGCGACCUGCAGGAGCUGCAGGCGUCCCGCACUUCACCAAAGUUGGAGGCACCUACGAGGGUUACAGGAUCCCAGCCAACUCCGUCGUCAUAGCCAACCACUGGGCAAUCACGCGUGAAGAGGCCGUGUUCGGCCCAGAUGUGGAAUCAUUCCGGCCCAGUCGCUGGUUGGAUUCAAUCAACAAUUCUGGUCAGCUGCGAGAUCUGCCAACCGUAGGUUUCGGGUACGGAAGACGCGUAUGCCCUGGGCGUCACGUGGCGCGCAAUAGUCUAUGGAUUGUAAUUGCCCGUUUGCUGUGGGCCUUCAACAUAACGCCUGGCCUGUCAAAGAGGGGCGAGCGGAUCGAGGUGGACUCUACCGCAACUACGGACGGCUUGGUUACGAAGCCUCUGCGGUUCAAGGCUACUCUUAAGCCUCGUGGUGAAUGGUCCCGCAAGAUCAUCUUGUCUGGAUGCGAUACUCAAGGCGUGGCCCACGCCGAGAUGUUGGACCGCAUCGGAGAAAAUCUAGCCGCAAAGUCAGGGGCUACUGGGCAACACAGUAGGUGA